UUUUAUUGAACGGUCAUAAACGAGAUAUAUGAUCUCCAAAUUAUCUAAUUACAAAUAGAAACCUGCACGAAAAUGUCGAAUGCUUCAAAAACAGAAUCGUCCAUAGACUCUUUACAUGAAAAUGGAAAAAACAAAACAAAUAUCUACUGUCAAAGAUGUCCAAGUUUAGUUUUAUCUUCAGAAAAUGCAGUUCUCACAGAAAAAGAGUUUUAUUUACCAUAUAUGCACAAGAAGAAAGAUAAAGAGCCAUUCGAUGGUGAAACACUAAAAGAUUAUUGGGUAGUGCAGGACAUGUACACAUUUGAUAAUGUGGGUUUCUCAAAUACUGUGGGCACAACAAAAUAUCUGAUUUGUGCUGAUUGUGAAAUUGGACCUAUUGGAUGGCAUGAUACAAGUGAUAAGAAAGCAUUCUACAUAGCUGUUGAUCGUGUUAAACAUGGAUCUUAGAUUGAAUUUAUUAGAUAACUAGUCAUUUUAAAUAAGAAUAAAAUUAACUCCUUCUCAUCAAAAAAUAACAUCAUUGUCAAAAAAUUAAUGUUUGAGCAUCUCACAUGGUAGCUUUUGCCAAAAGUAAUGUAAUGUAAUCACGCAAAAGUAAUUGUUACGGUAAAGUUAUUGACCUCAGGCCUGUACUUUUAAGCCAUCUUACAUUGUCUAAGCAAUUAGACUUACUUUUGCCUUGAGUGGUAUUUUGACCACAUGUAAUUCUUUUUAUAUAUGCAAUUACUGCAUAUUUGAGCUACAAAAUUAAACAAUAUAUAAGCUUAUUUGUAUUGAUGAAUAGUUCAUAUUAUAGCAUUGAAAUCAUGUACGGUAUAUGCAGAGAUAUGUAUAAACUCAUGUGAACAGACUUUCAUUUAUUACUUGUUGUAAACGGUAUUUUACAUGUGUUGCCAAAUUAUGUUAUGUAUUAUAGUAUGGUUAGUACCAAGAAGUUAAAUGUAUAUAAUCAGAGUAUCUAUUUAAGAAAUCAUUCAAUGAAACUUUUAAUGAAAUUUUUGAUAAUCAUCUUCACAAUGUCAAGCUAUUAGGAACUUGGUCUUAUAUCUUGACUAUACUAACCUACUUUCUUGUAUCACGGAAUGCAGUGAUUUGAUUGGAUUGUACCCUAGCAAAUACAGCCAAGCAUAGCCAUCAACAGACAGACUUACUAUUGUGGUUUAUUAUUGACAGAAUUUCCGUUGGGAAACUGAUUGGCUUUAUUAGCUAACAUACAAACCGACCCAAAUGGCUGCAUUUACAAACUUACAAGAAAGGUGACUUGUGCAGUCAAGGAUUAAGAUGGAAGUUUUUAAUACCUUGACCAUUGUGUUCUAUUGGUUCAGAUUUUGUAAGUAUUUUCAAAGCAAUGUUAUGGCCAUGUUCAUUCAUAAAUCCUUUCAAUUUAAAUUUUACAACCACAAUCAAUUAAUUUUACUCAUUCUUGAAGAUCAUUAUCCUUGCUAGUUUUGUGGCAUUCUGUAUUUCGUAAAACUUGAUUUGUUGAGACCUCACGAACAAUGCUUCACUGUAAAAUAAUGGUAGAGGAAAAGGUCACAGUUUGUAAAAUAUUGUUUAUUUAUUAGGCCAAAAGUUCAGUAUUAAAGUCCACAAUUAGCAUUUCAACUUGCUGUUGAUUUUCUUUGUGAAAAAAAAGGAGCUUAUAUUUAAUAUAGAAAUCAUGCUUUAAAAGUAUCAAAUUUAAAAAAUGCCAAUUUGAUGUAUUUUCUCAUCUUGCUCACCUUUAUCAAUCAAAAACUAAAAUUUCAUUAAGUACUGUUAUAUUUUGUGAGGUCACAAAUUUCCCAUAAAAACGAAAGUCUUCAUCUGUUUGGCGUUAAGAGUCGUGUGAGUUUUGACUGCAACUGAUAACACCUUGUGUUGCAUAAUUAUGUUGUUUUUGCAACUUUCAAAGAGAUAUUCAAAGCAACUCUCUGUGAAUGUUAUUUUGAAAUGGCAUGUUUUUGAUUAAUUCAGGGGUUUUCAACCUUUUUCUUUAUACCACCUCUUUCAGGAACCUUGAUCAAUUACAUUACCCCCCUUCCCCCUGUAAGUCCUUACUAUUCUGUGAUUUCAUCUGAAGUUUUCCCUGCCAUUUGUUUCAUGUGGAGAACAAGCCUGACAGAAUAGAACAACUUAUAUUUGUCAAAAAAUUUGGCAAAACACCUUAUUACCCCUCUCACCCCCUCCCAUAACUUCAAAAUUACCCUCAGGUUGAAAGCUCCUGGGUUAGACGAUUUCAUGGAAUGAUAGUCAUUGUUUCUAACAGUGUAGUCAAUUAUUUGAGACUGGUGACUGAUAUAUUCUCAUUAAGUAUUGUUCAAACUUGGGAUAUGAGAGUGAUGUAAUUUGUAAGCAAUAUGGUUGAAGUAUAAAUCCAGGUUAAUGAUUUUGUAGACUCAAUAGUAGUUGGGUUUAAGUUUGUUAAAUGAUGUAGAUAUUUAUUAUCAGUUGUUAAAUAAAUCAUGUUAAAAAUGUU